UGAUUCCAACUUCCGGUGAAAUAGGCGAAGUGUCUCACACGACUACUCAGACAAGGCCUAUCGCUCACCCCGAGGUAGUUGAACGGGGUUUUGGUUGUAGCCAUGACCCUGUGAUCGCCAACGAGUCGGCCAGUUUAAUUUUUUUAAGCAACUACAAGACGUCACUGUAGACGCUGCUUUGACAGACCACCACACCAUCAGCCACAGGUUUGAACAGCGGCACCCAGCUAGUUAACUAGCUAAAGACGCAGCUAGGUUUUCGCCACCUCGAAAUUAGAUCUUGGUGUCUAUUUCAAGAUGUCAACUGCGGGGUUUAACUCACAGAACGGGACGGGAACGGGACAGACAUAUACCAAUGGUCCAUCACAGAAUCCUGUCUCUCUACAGCAGCUACCAGGAGUUAGCUAUGGCAUGACUCACCAGUCGACCUUCAAUCCGAUGCAGGCCAAAGCCUCUGUAGCCUCUGGCCCUGGACUGUACUCCUCUGGGCCAUACCAACCUAUCCCCCCAGUAAGCUCCUACCAGUCUGUCCCACCACCUUCAUCUUUCCCAGCUCUACCAGGCCAGCCACUGUUGACCAGCCCUCCGAUGGGUGGUCCCCCAUCACAUACCCCUCCUCUGUCUGCCAGCCCUAGCCCUGGUCCAAGACUGACCUCUGCGCAGGCCAUGCCACCCCCACCUGCUGUGUCUACUGGCAACUACUAUGCAAGUCCCCAGCAGCCCAUGGCCACGGCGUGGCAAUACAACACACCUCCCCUACAGAUGGGGCCACCCACUUCCAUGAGCACACCUCCCAGUGCUACUGUGGCUAAUCAUGUCAAUCCAGCUUUAGGCUCAACAGUACCACCACCACCGCAGACGUCAUCAGCAGCUUAUGGCUCUGCCCCUGUGUUGCAUAGCGUCACCCACCCCCCAGUCCCAGGAAUGCCCCCAACUUCUCUGCAUGGAUACACUCAGCCAGGUAUUGCACCUCCACCAGUGAACCCUAUACUUUCCCAUGGGUACCAACCAAACAGAGCCCUGUAUGGUGCACCACCCACAGGUCCCCCACCUACAGGCCCACUACCAUCCAUGAAAUCCACACCUCCUCCCACUGGACCCCCACUAGCGAAUGCCCCACCCCCACCCCCAAAGGCAGAUGCUCAGUGUGGAGGGUCUGUUAAUAGCUCUCAGCUUCCCACUGAGUCCGACAGCCAGGAGGGGGAUAUUGAAUGUCCAGGAAUGGUGGCCGGCAAUGGCUUGCAAGCAUCAAGCAACUACAAUCAUGUUGACAACAAAACGGCUGGCCGGCCUCAGCCUGGAUCACCAGGUCAGCACUUAGGCCACUACCCCUCCCUGCCCCCUGGGUACCAGAAUGCUCCUUCUGCCCACAAUGCCACCAGCCCAAUGCACCCUGCAUUACAGAGCACCACACAGCCUUAUGCCCAAACACCUCAGCCAUACCAGCAGCCACCUGGUGGCCCAGGGCCAGCCCAGCUGAGCCCCUCUCUGGCAGCCAUGAGCCUCCAGUCCAGCACCCCAGAGGCCCUGAGAGUGGUGAACUUGCUGCAGGAGAGGAACCUGCUGCCCCCAACCCCGAUCCCUGCCCCGAUGCCCUGCCUACCCCAGGACCUACAGAAGGUCAACUGCAACCCAGAGGUUUUCCGCUGCACACUGACCAGCAUCCCUCAGACCCAGUCUCUACUCAAUAAAGCCAAGAUGCCACUGGGCCUGCUGCUCCACCCCUUCAAAGACCUCUCGCAACUUCCUGUGGUGACGUCCAGUACAAUUGUCAGGUGUCGGUCCUGCAGAACUUACAUAAAUCCUUUUGUUUCUUUCCUGGACCAGAGGAGGUGGAAGUGCAACCUGUGCUACCGGGUCAAUGAUGUUCCAGAGGAGUUCAUGUACAAUCCAGUCAGCAGAGCAUAUGGAGAGCCACAUAAAAGACCAGAAGUCCAGAAUGCUACAAUUGAGUUCAUUGCUCCUUCAGAAUACAUGCUGAGACCACCUCAGCCAGCUGUUUACCUCUUUGUUUUGGACGUAUCCCACAAUGCAGUGGAGACGGGCUACCUGAAUGUGUUCUGCCAGUCACUGUUGGACAACAUAAAUGCGCUUCCUGGAGACUCGCGAACAAAGGUUGGCUUCAUCACCUUUGACAGCACCAUUCACUUCUACAACCUCCAGGAAGGGCUCUCCCAGCCUCAGAUGCUUAUUGUGUCUGAUAUUGAAGAUAUCUUUUUACCAACACCAGACAGCCUUCUUGUAAACCUCAAUGAAUGCAAAGAGCUUGUGCAGGACCUGCUGAAAAACCUGCCAAACUUAUUUCAAAAGACCAUGGAGACUCAGUCUGCCCUGGGUUCAGCUCUGCAAGCAGCCUUCAAGCUGCUUUCGCCCACCGGAGGGCGUAUGUCUGUCUUUCAGACACAGCUGCCUAACCUCGGAGUUGGUGCUCUUCAAUCCAGAGAGGACCCCAACCAGCGGGCGUCUGCCAAGGACAUCCAGCACUUAUCUCCUGCAACAGAUUUCUAUAAGAAGCUGGCUCUGGACUGCUCAGGCCAGCAGGUGGCUGUAGACCUGUUCCUGCUCAGUGCUCAGUACUGUGACCUGGCAUCGCUUGGCUGUAUAUCUAGAUACUCGGCAGGAAGUGUUUACUACUACCCCUCCUAUCACCACCAGCACAACCCUGCCCAGGUGGAACGAUUCCAGAAAGAUCUGAAGAGAUAUUUAACCAGGAAGAUUGGCUUUGAAGCCGUCAUGAGAAUACGCUGCACCAAAGGUUUGUCCAUCCACACGUUCCAUGGGAACUUCUUCGUGCGCUCCACAGAUCUGUUGUCUCUUCCCAAUGUGAAUCCGGAUGCUGGCUUUGCUGUUCAGAUGUCCAUCGAGGAAAACCUGGAUGACAUGCAGGUUGUCUCUUUCCAGGCUGCUCUGCUUUACACCUCCAGCAAAGGAGAACGGAGGAUCCGAGUCCAUACUUUGUGUCUCCCUGUGGUUAAUUCUCUGUCAGACAUCUUCGCUGGAGCUGAUGUUCAAGCCAUCACUGGGCUGCUGGCAUGCAUGGCUGUUGACCGCUCAGUGACAGCCAGCCUCAGUGAUGCCAGAGAUGCAAUGACCAACGCUGCCAUCGACUCACUGGCUUCAUACCGGCAGUCAGUGCUGACCAUCCAGCAGCCUGGCCUUCUGGCUCCCGCCUGCCUCAGACUCUUCCCCCUCUAUAUCCUCGCCCUGCUUAAACAGAAAGCCUUCAGGACGGGAACUAGCACCCGGCUAGAUGACCGAGUGUUCGCCAUGUGUCAGCUGAAGUACCAGCCGUUGGCCUACGCCAUGCUGAUGAUCCACCCCGCUCUGUACCGAGUUGAUGAUCUGACAGACGAGGGAGCUUUGAACAUCAAUGAGCGGACCAUCCCUCAGCCUCGUGUGCUACAGCUGUCUGUGGAGAAGCUCAACAGGGAAGGAGCCUUCCUCAUGGACACUGGAAUGAUAAUGUAUCUGUGGGUUGGACGGAACUGCAACCCCAACUUCCUCACACAAGUCCUGGGUGUUCCCAGCUACACUGCCGUGCCUGAUAACCUGUACCUGCUUCCAGACCUGGACACUGCUGAGUCUCAGAGAACUAGAGCUUUCAUUGGUUGGUUGAGGGAUCAGAGGCCGUUUUCCCCCACCCUGCACAUCAUUAAGGAUGAGAGCCAGCUGAAAUCCAGCUUUAUGCAGAACAUGAUUGAGGACCGGACAGAAGCGGCCCUGUCGUACUACGAGUUCCUGCUCCACCUCCAGCAGCAAAUCUCCAAAUAAACCUUCAGUGGGACUGUUGGACUUCGAGGAUCCCUGUAUGUGUGUAUGUGUGUGCGUAUAUAUGUAUAUGGAAUGUGUGUGCCUGAAAGUGGUGAAAGGCAGAAUCUAGAAUCCUGUUUUGUCCAGCUGUGGUCCACCAUCUCUCUGAGAAGACCCUCAUCUGAGCUGAACUGAAGCAAAAAUGACAUCACUCGAAUAGAACCAUGUGACAGACGAGGCGAGGAUGGAGGGAGAAGCAAAAACAAAGAAAAAAAAAAUCAAUGUUGAUGAUUAUGUGGCACUUUUCUACUCAGCUGAAGCAAAGCAUUGGAAGAAAAUGAACUGUAAUCCAGGAUAAUGAUGAUGAUGAUGAUUAUCUAUGUCAAUAAUCGAAUGAAUCAGUGUUUAUUCUCAUAGAACAGUGCUGUCUAACAGAGGUAUCGUUCAGAUACAGUCCAGGCAAACAGAUGUGUGGAGUUUUUUUUGUCAAAAAGCACAGUUGUUUAUACUAAAGUAAGUCAUGUAUGUGUGCUUAAAGACUAGGUUUCUUGAGAUUAGUAUGUCUGCGCUCAAAGACUGUUAAAAGUGGGUGACACCUGGACUAUUUGUAAACACCUGAGCUCUAACAACACUCUAAUAUCAUACCUAAAGGACAGAAUGUGUGUGUUUUUGUUUUUUUUUUUCUUUCAAUCUCUGUCAUUAUUAUUACUAUUGUGUGUCGAACAAAAUCUGUAGACGAAGGUGUUUGAAGGCAGACGGACCUCACUGUCAACCGCUGCCUUGAAUGUGCCACAGUGGAAGAAGGUCGUUUUGUUUUUUUUUUUUUUCUGAUCUGUCCUUCACAUUCUCUUGUCAUCUUGUCACUCUUCGGACAUUUGUAAUUUCUCAGACGUCACCGUUCUGUUCUGUUUAGUUCUUACCCCCACCUCUUUCACCCCAGUUGUUUAAUUUAUGAGACUCCCAACAUUAAAUUCUAUAAUUGCCUUGUAUGGGAACUCACUUUUUAUUAUAAUUGUCUGUUAAAAGGCAGACUCUAUAUAUGAAAUAUUUUAAUAUAAUAGGAUAAUGGGACAUUCUUUAACACAGACAUAACAAAGCCAUUGUGAUCUUUUAAACAUGCUUAUUGAUACCUGUAUAGUGAAAAGACUGUGUUCUAUAAAGAUUAAAACAAAAUGCUGAUUUUAGUAUAAACAUUAAGGUAAAAUGAUACUGAAAAAAUAAAAUGUUUGGGACUUUGUAAAUGUAGUUUGUGUUUUGGUGGGUGAACUUUUUCAUUAAAUGAAAGCAAACGCUACAAAGAUUAAAUAAGGAGUCUAACUGAUAUUUGGUUCGUUUCAUGUAGUUUGUAUGUAAUAUAAAGCAAAAAUGUAUUUAGUGCCAGACAGAUCUGCUUUGGUCUUCAUACACUUUUCUAUCUUUCAUAAAAGGUUCUACAUGAA